CGCUGCCUUUCGGAUGUAUAAAAGCCUGAAUUUGUCUAGCUCUACUGUUAACAGCAAGAAAACUGUCGUUAUGGCGUCCGCUGUACCUAUUAAGAUUGGAAUAAUCGGGGGUUCAGGUCUUGAUGAUCCAGAUAUCUUGGAGGGAAGAACUGAGCGCUAUGUUGAAACGCCAUAUGGGAAGCCAUCAGAUGCCCUGAUAUUGGGGAAAAUAAAAAAUGUGGACUGUGUUCUUCUAGCAAGGCACGGGAGACAACACACCAUAAUGCCAUCCAAUGUCAACUACCGAGCCAACAUUUGGGCCCUCAGAGAAGAAGGCUGUACACAUCUGCUGGUUACCACUGCCUGUGGCUCUCUCCGGGAGGAGAUCCAGCCAGGAGAUAUUGUCAUCAUAGAUCAGUUCAUUGACAGGACAACCAAGAGGUCUCAAACACUCUACGAUGGUCAGCCCACCAGUCCCCCAGGUGUUUGUCAUAUCCCCAUGGCUGAGCCUUUCUGCAACAAAACUAGAGAGGUUUUGGUGGAGGUGGCGCGGAGUCUGGGGGUCAAAUGUCAUGUGCGAGGGACCAUGCUGACUAUCGAGGGGCCUCGGUUUUCUUCGCGGGCAGAGAGCCUGAUGUUCCGCCAGUGGGGUGCUGACGUCAUCAAUAUGACCACCGUGCCAGAGGCGGUCCUCGCCAAGGAGGCUGGCUUGUGCUAUGCCAGCAUUGCCAUGGCAACAGACUACGACUGUUGGAAGGAGCACGAGGAAGCAGUCUGUGUUGACAAUGUACUGAAGACGAUGAAGGAGAAUGCAAACAAAGCUAGCAGUAUCCUGUUAACAGCAAUACCCCAGAUUAGUCAGAUGGACUGGGCUCAGACAAUAAAUACAUUGAAAUCGAUGGCUCAGUCUUCAGUAAUGAUACCGAAGCACUAAACGCGGACGAAACUACUAGAAAGGAUAAAGAGACCAGACAACCACCCACACGGAGUCAAACACCGACUGCAAACUCAACCCUGCCCGUCCAAUCGUCAUCAGUGAAUCACAACAAAGUGCCUCACAUUAAAUAAUCCACUUUUUUCGUCUUUAUUUAGUUGGAUGUUCAGUGUUUUGUGUUGACUCUUCACUCUGAUUCAGAGAUCACUCAUUUAUGUCUGGAGCAUGUUUUCCUCUCACACAGUGUUAGGUGGGAGGGCCCUUCCACUCUAGCUGUAGCUGAGGAAAUGGAUGUUUGUUACAGUUACCACGUUUGGGUCUAAACAUUCUAAUAAAAGGUUUUAAGUAUUCAGUAUUUUGUAGAUUUAUAUUUGUGGUCGAAACACAUUUAUGUAUGUGUUUGCUGGUUGUAAGCCACUGGUGUCUUAGUUUCUGGUUAUAUGAAGAUUACUUUUAAAGCUUUGCAAGUUUAGCACAUAAAUACUAUAUUACUGCCUUAGUUGCAUUUAAGCUUCUACUCUUCAAGCUUGAAUCUAUUGUCAGCAUGAGAAUGACUGAACGUCUACGUUACUUCAUUCUGACCACCCUUGUGGUCUUUAUGGAAUCAUUUCAUUUUUAUUUGCUCUUUAUGACUGUGUUUAAUGACUAGAGAAACAUCUCAUUUUGAAUGGCAUGCUGCUCUGUACCUGCAAAUACCUAACCAAGUCAGUGAAAAGCUGUCAAAUCGGCAGUAAACAUGUACCAACAGUGAUAGUGGUGGGAAAACACCCAAAUUAUUUGCUGUACUGAAAGUUUGGGUUUUUUUCCCCAAGCAUGGAUUGAAAUGGGAAUUUUGUCAUGUUGCAUCAUAUUGUAGUCAUUUGAGAUUUUUCUUGUUUACAUUUUCUUAACUUGAACUUACUCUGUACAUUGCACAGCAUAUUUAGUAGCCUCUUCUUCAGCAGCCUGUUUUCUGUAGUAUGAAUAAUUUGUCUCAAUAAAAGUUAGAAUUU